UUUCUGAUCCUAUUUAAAGGGAAAGCGCCAGGCACCGGGACCCAGCCGCAGAGCUAGAGUCAGGGACUGCAGUUCAGCUUGAAGCCUACCGAGCAGACAUGGUGUCGCCGGUCACAGUGGUGAAGAGUGAAGGCCCCAAGCUGGUGCCCUUUUUUAAAGCCACUUGUGUCUAUUUCGUCCUCUGGCUGCCAACUUCCAGCCCUUCCUGGUUCAGUGCCCUCAUCAAGUGUCUGCCCAUCUUCUGCUUAUGGGUUUUUCUGCUGGCACAUGGAAUCAAUUUCUUAGUCGCACAUCGAAGCGCCAGUAGGAUCUUAGCAGGGUUAAUAUUCUCUGCCGUGGGGGAUGCCUUCCUCAUCUGGCAGGAGCAAGGCUACUUUGUUCAUGGUCUGCUGAUGUUUGCCAUCACACACAUCCUGUACUCCUCAGCAUUCGGGAUGAAGCCUUUGGACCUGAAAGCCGGCUUUGCGAUGACCCUUGUUUCCAGCUUCUGCUACACCUUCCUGUACUCCUACCUCUCAGGCCCCUUCACCUACCUGGUAGCUGUCUAUAUUGCUUUGAUCGGCUUCAUGGGGUGGCGCGCCAUUGCUGGCGUGCAGCUGUGCAAUGACCUCUGGACUUGGACCAAGCUUUCGGCCUGUAUUGGCGCAGUGCUUUUCAUGGUGUCAGAUCUGACCAUUGCAGUUAACAAGUUCUGCUUCCCGGUGCCCUACUCACGUGCCAUCAUCAUGGCCACUUACUAUGCAGCCCAGAUGCUCAUUGCACUCUCAGCUGUGGAGAGCAGGGAUGAAGAGGACUUCAAAAGCAGGAAUUAGAUGGAACGCCAGCAGGCUCAUGAACUGCAUGGAUUAUAACUGGGGUGCUGCAGCAGCAUUAGUCGCUGAGGGAGAUCUCCAUCUCUCAAGGUGCAUUGGUGAUAAAGAUUUUGCUUCUUUGAAGCAUUAUCUUUGUUUUUUUUUAAAUCUGACUCUCCUUGAAUGUAAUUUACUUCAGUGUGGAGACCACAUUGGAGAAUUUAGACUGCUCCUACAGUAACUACUCAUUGACCUUUUCCUCUUGGAAGCUUCAGGAGUCCUCUAAUACCACAUUGUAUUUGUUAAUCCUGAAGGUGGUUCUGAAUGUUAUAGAAGGAGAAGGCUAAUUUAAAGAGACCAUGAAAAGAGGCUAGGCAGGUUAAGAGGCUUGCCUUCGAUGCUGGACACACAUGUCCAAAUCUCAGCUAAGGUGAUAGGGAGGUGACAGUAGGGUGACCAGACAGCAAAUGUGAAAGAAAUCAGGACAGGCGGUGGGGGGGGUGGGGUGGUAAUAGGAUCCUAUAUAAGAAAAAGGCCCAAAAAUCUGGACUGUCCCUAUAAAACUGGGACAUCUGGUCACCCUAGGUGACAGAGUUUAGGUGGUGACUAGACUAGAUCCCACUUGUGGGCAUUACAAAGCCACUACACAGGGUGCAGCAACUGACAGCCUCUGCUCAAAGAAAGCCCAGGAGUGGCAUAGCAGGAGGAUAGGUAGUGCAGGUCAGGUCUGAAGUACAUUGGUAAGAAUUGGGUGGUGGGAAACUUGCACUGUACCUGAUUCUAACCAGGGCUCUUUUGUGAAUUCCAAAUUCAUGCAACUUCCUACUUAAAUGCCAUUCAAAGUUUUUUCCGCCCAAUGUGAAGGCUGCUGAGCAUUUAGUAUGUGAUAUUCUGAAGUUGCUGCUGGAAGUGUGUUAUUGCAUUCUGAACUUUGAAAGUGGGAAAUUAAAGGCAUUCUUUAAGCAGGCUGGGUUAUGAUGAAAGGAUACAUGCUUGUAAGUUAAUGAGCAGUUUUAGCAGGCAACUUUCAGCAUUUGCUAUGUUGGCCUAGAGCAGUCCCUUGGCUGUGUGCGAAGAUAUGAUGGAACAAUGGGUCUGUCUUUCAACAUCAGACCUCACCCCCUAUUACCAGUAGCUUUGUUGACUGAAUUAAUAAGCCUGGCAAACCACCUGCACCUCCUCUGUAGGUGUUGAGAACUCUUCAAUCCGUGACAAUGCUUGUGCCAACUCCAAAACAAAGGCAAAGUAUUAAAACACAAUGGGAUAUGGCAUACUUUGAUCACUGUGAAGUUACUCCAGACCCAAGUUUAUAGAUGCAUCAUUAGUGUUAAUAGGCAAUUGUUUUAACUGUGAGCUUGGCAGCUUUUCAGGGAAAACUAUUUAUUCAAUUAAGGCCAGUAGGCUUCUCUAUUGGUAUAUGUCUACACACUUGACCCUAUACAUAGGUGCACAGUAGUAUGGUAUUAGCAGCCACCAUACGCAACCUGAGCUGGAGUAUUCUGUGCUUUGCACCACGCCUUUGGAGAUGCAUUCCACUAAGGAAUAAUUGAUUUCUUCUGGGCUCACAUUCUGUCCAUAAUGUGGGAAUUGGGAGACUGGGAAUUUGUCAUUUAAGCAUUUAUCGCUCAGUAUUUACAGCUGCUAAGUGAGAAUACUCUGCAUAUUUGCACAUAAUAUUUAAUAUGCCCCUUACUCAGGGUAUUUGUUAGCAUUUUCCCUUACCUGCAAAGCCAGCUAUGUAGAACAAGUAUCUGGUUUUUACCAGUCAAUGGCAAAGAAGCAAGUUUGUACCACUUGACUUUGCAAAGCCCGCUUUGAGGCAAAGCUACCUGAAAAGAACAAUUCUGUGCGUUAAAACCAGCUCACCCCAUUUCUCCUAACGUCCUGGAGCCUAUAAUAAAAUCAGAACCACUAGAGACGGGAAAACCAAUUUCCUACCAACCCAAACUGUUUAGCCAUCUUAUCCUCCCCUCUGCCAUUAGACUCUGUUAAAGGAUUCUGGUGAGUUUUUUAAUUUCACAGUUAUAAUUUUACUUUCCAAUAGUUCCUUCCCUCCUGCAUGCUGGUUUUAAUUUAUUGUGGGUUGCUCACAGGUGCUGAAAUGUUGCUGCCCUGGAUUUUUCUUUGACGCAUGACAAAUGGACGGAGAGACAUUUCCUAUGGAUAUACAUUGAUAUUACAUCGAGAGGGCUUCCUUCCCCCUUUCCCAAAUCUGAUGGGGUCCCUUUAAUGUUUAUUUUGUGGCCCUUCCUCCUAUUGCUCAGACAGGUACUCACAUGAGUAGUCCCACUGAUUCUAAUGAGACUACACAGGUGAAUAACUGUUCCUAAAUGUGAGCGAGUUCACAAGUGAGCCCUGUCACAGAGUGCUCUACUCACCACAGGAUGGCACCUCCUCCUGGUGGUUCUGAGGAUUAGCUCUGCCAGACCAAACACCUCUUCCCGUGGUUUCAAUCCACCUCUCUGUCUGCAGCCCCUCUUUCACUCCAGGGAGCUGCUGCUUCCUCUUUGCGAUUCAGCUGUCCAACCAAGUCAUUAAGUGGCUUCCCUUUCACCAUAGUCUUUCAACAUCUCCUUCCACAGGCAGUCCUCACACCCACUGCCCUGUCAACAUCACUCCACCAGUCUUCAUGUUCGCUACCCUUAGCGCUACCACUCUGCAGUGGUUGGUAGGGGAACCGAGGCCCACCCUCUAUUCGGGGCUCCAGACCAGGGCCCUACAGUGAACAGUUAAGGCCUAACUCUGUACUAACCUUACUGCUCUCUCCCCUGGACUCCUUCCUACUGUAAGUCUUCUCCCCUACCUCAAGAAGUAGGACAACAGACUUCCUCCCUGCUACCUUCUUAUACUAGCUCCAGUCUCCUGGCUUUGUAGAAGUCCUGCCUGUCGUCUCACAGGUGAUCUUCCUUCUAAUUAGCUUCCUCCAGUCUAAAUCUCCCCUGUUUGCAGCCUAAUUGGUUGAUUAGGCUUGACUAGGCCUAAUUCAGCCCUUGCAGGGUUAGUAUGGGGAGUACAUCUCAUCAUAGGCCCUAUGCGGUGAGAGCUUUGUUUUUGCACCUGGCGUUUCUGAGAUUGAUCCUGCAGGAUCAUUGUAGGCCAGUUGCAAUGCCCUGACUGAGGACUUGUCCACAGGGCUGCAGCUGCACUGAUGCAGUGCACAGUUGUAGCACUUAGUGAAGACACUACCUAUGCUGACAGGAGAGCUUCUCCCAUCAGUGUAGGUACUCCACCUCCCCAAGACGCAGGCUUCUCUCAUCAAUGUAGUGCUGUCUAUACCAGCAGUUCACCUGGUUUAACUGCGUUGCUCAAGGGUAUGGAUUUUCCACACCACCGCAUGACGUAGUUAUGCUGACAUAAGUUUGUAGUUUAGACCAAGCCUCAGUUUCUGCUGCAGCCCUGCUCACUACACCCCCUGGAAUCCACUAAUAGUCACUUUAGUUCACAUGCUCCUAUAGCCUUUGUUCUUUGGGGGUUCUCCCAGCACUGUUCAAAGACAGCUCCUGUCUUCCCUGUUAUUAAGAUAUUGAAAGUAAAUGGCAGGUUUUUCAGGACCAUAUAUGACACAAAGAGACGCUGUCAGAUCCAAAUUCGUCCCUGAUGUAGAGUUAAUAAUGGAAUCCACAACUGGUGUAAAUGGGCCAUUGUUUUCUGUGGAGCUUUGCCAAUUUACACCAGCUGUCGAUUUGGCCCACAGUUAGCAGGUCUUAGCCCAAAGGGCUUUGCAAUCUAAGAAGCAAGACAAUAUUAGUAACUGAAUGAUCUGUGCAUUAAGUCCAUGAAUUGAAGGAAAAUGGUCUUUAUCAGUGACUGGUUGUAAGGGUGAACACACCACCUGUGCCAGGGAAAGACUAGAUGGGUGAGCAUCUCCUAAGUGCAGCAUCUCCACCUGACACCCUCUUCUCUUGUGUGUCUGUCUCAAAGGGAGAUGCUGGGAGAGAGACGGGCACUGGUAGAACAAACCAGGCGGCAGUGUUAGUGUUUAGUUAGAGAGCUACAUAGGUGAGCACCCCAGUCUCUCAACCAGCCCCCUGAUUUUAUAUGACAUACAAACUCUUCUGAGCCAAUCACACUGAGGGGGGUGGCGUUGUUUUGGACUCUUACCUGAGAAUGCUGCAGUUUAGGAAAAUAUAAUUCCACUUUGAUUUAACCUCCUAUAAAACAUGUGGGCCUCCAUUCUCUGGUGCACCCAAGGAGUGCUUGGCACAGGCUGGAGAGGGGGCAAAGAUCUCUUGAAGAGACUUUUGCACCUUGCCAAAUCUGUAACCCUCUGGCCACAUGGUCAGGCUCUAGUCUAAGUUGAAGUGGCCUGAAAGCUAUUCUAAUCUAUGCUAGUUGCCAGUGGUCCUGGGCAGUAGUUCUGGCAGCUGAGGGCUGCCAUGAUAUAAGGGAGCCCUGAUCAUGCCCCCUGUGUGAGUGUUAGCAACAGAGGACAGCUUCUGCUUCUCUCCUUGGCUUGGUGAUGCUCCCGCAAACCUUCCUUUGCCUUGGUUGGUGCUAAGAGCGCCCCUUCCUGUGUUACAGUUUAGCUCACAGGGUAGCACUGAAUCCAUGGGACGACUGGCAGAGUAAUGCACUAUUCUACCUGAGCAUGGCUGGCAGGACCAGUGGGCAGUAUUAGCAGCAGUGCACGAUAGGCUGCUGGCACGGAGGACACCCCACACUUUCUUUACUGAGUAGUUUUCACACCCAUCAGUAGCACAAUAGUACUAUUUAGGCUCUUGACUUCCAUUGAGUUCAAUGAGGAUCUGGACUUCCUUCCAAAGACUCUUCAUAUUUUAGAAAAUGUAAGUACCAUUGCAAAAGGCUGGGUUAACAAUAGUGCCCCUCCAGAAGUGUCCGCUGCUUUGUAAACAUACACCAGAAAGGUUAGCUGCAUUAUUGAGGGGGACAGCAUUGUAAAUAGCACAAGCUCCUGUAAUCUCCUCCCUCUAAUGCUGCUGCAUAAUAUUGCCAGUAUUCAUUCACUCGAGGGAUUGCUUCUGCUAGAGUCACCAGCUAUAGGAGGUGUGCAGCAUCUCCAUUCAUCAGUUUUGCUUAUCUCGUAAUCCCCAGCUUGGCCUCUGCGUUGCUGCUCUUUGCGGAUGUCACCUGCUGUUACACAGGCCAUUUGUUGAAGCCCUCUUCCUGCCAUAGAGCCAGCUAGAGAAAAUAUGCAUGUUCAUGCUAUAACCGUCAGCUGGGGCCAGUGCGAGCAGGAUUUGAGUGAAUGGCUAAUUUAAGAUUUAUUUAAUUCUCUCUUGGACUAUGUAACUUGGCAUAUCUCUUCUUAUCUUCUCCAAGGAUUUUUUCCCCCCUCUUGUAAGAGAGACUGACAUGCUAAGUAAAGAGGCUAAUGGAUACCUUCAUUUAAUGUUAUAACCUCCCCCUCUCUGAGUUAGUAGGGUAUCACUUUCUUUACCUCCAGAGAGUAUUAUUAUUCAGUUUCCUGAAGCAGUUUUAAUGAUUUUUCUGUAAUUUUUUUCAUUUCAGUUUAUUUUACUAUCUGCCAAUCUCAGGCCUUGAUCCUGAUGAUGAUUGCAGGGGGUGCAGUAGGUGUUAAUAGGUGAUCUGUCAUUUUGAUAUGAGUGUAAUCUGAGCAUGGGCACUGUAAAAUGCACUGCUUCUGUUGUGGGCCUGCGCUGGAGAACUCAGAGUCAGUCGAGGGUUGCCCGGGGUGUCACAGGCUCAGGCUGUUAGUCACCCUGGUCUCUCACCUGUCUCCCUCUCCACACCCCUUUAAUCCACAUUACUUGAACAAACCCCUUUUUCCUGAGAAAGCCUUUCUUGCUGGGAAGAGGCCAGCUGCUAUGAGCACAGAUUUGACACAGCCAGCUCUAAUUCUUCUGAUUAAGCCUGGGAAACAUUGACCAGUUGCUGGUGGAGGUGGGCGUCUGUGUUAGAUACGGUUUCCUGGGACAAAAAACUGUUCAACACUGGUGAAAGCAAUCUGGAAUUUGAAAGGUGGUGGCAAAGUAGGAAUGGAGAGCACAUAAAUGUCCAUCUGAGUCUUUUUCACUUCCUUCCUUACUCUCCUAUUGUCUUUCUUUGCCUUUUACAUUUGACGGUAUUGUUCUACUUCCCUUCCCCCCCACUCCAAACACAUACACAGACUUUCCCUUUGGAAGCAAAAUCUUUAAGGAUUUUGUACUCAAAAUCCCCUUUGAAAUUCUUGUGUGUGGUUAAUUGAGGUUUUAUAUACAAUACAAACCACAUCUUCCACUACUGAACUAACCAUUAAGUGCCAGUAGAUCCACUAACUCCUUAUUCAGGGAGACUAAGAAUGUGUUGAGUCUACUUGAUCUCCCUAGCCAUUACCUUAUAUGGGACCCAACUCUGAACUCCUUUGCUCACAAAUGCUCCUUUUGAAGACAAGUGGCCUGAUUUUCACCUCACACCAUUUUUACACUCCUGUAACUCCAUUGGGCUGGGCUGGACCAUACCAAUACCACUGAAGUCAGUGGAGCUACACUGGUGUAAAACUGGAGUGUAGAGGAGAGUUCAGCAGAGCCAGUCUUGAUUUACACCAGCGUGAGAUCAGAAUUCGGUCAAAUGGGCCCUUAGUAUUUAAUACACAGUUUAGAAGAAGGACUUGAAGGCUUUCACUACCCGCCCCUUCUUUCUAACGUAGCUAUUGGCCUUGGAGGGGAAAGUGGCCAAAACAGAGGCGAUAUAAAGCUCAGUGGCAGAUGUCUCUUUCUCUAGUUUGGGUGCAUGGGAGUGCUGAAUUGCCUAGUUUUGGCAGAGAGAGAUGCUCUUUUAUCUGGAGAUGCAGCAGAGUUGAGUGGUCUGAGCCCAGGACAGGAUGUCUACAACUCUUAAGUUCUGAGCCUGGCUUUGACACCGAUUCCUUUUGUGGCCUUGGUUAAAUCAGUUGGUCUGAAAGGAUAUAAUUCUGAUUAAAAUCAAUAUAGGUAUGCCAGUUUACAGCAGUUGAGAACCUAACUCUCUGUGUCUGUUUCUCCUCCCCUUCCCCCCCAUCUGUAAAAUGCUUACCUACCUCACAGGGGUGGUGUGAGGAUUAGUGCAUGUUCGUAAAGUGCUUUGAAAGGUGUAAAGCGCUAGAUAAGUGCUAAGUAUUAUUAUUAUACUAUAGUAUUCAAAAUAAAAAUGCUUCUAGGAACCUGCAGAAAUUCACUUGAAAAAAGGUGACACGAAUAAAUGCCUUUUCGUGUUUCAGUUAGAUUUCUGCAUCAGAUGGAAAGCAAAUGCAAAAUAGUUAUUUGCAUUAUCUAUUAGGGAUGAGCCCAAGCCAAAAUUCUGGGACCCAGACACACCCAAACUUUAAGGAAAGUGUUUUUUUUUUUAACAAGUCUGAACUCAGAUCCCAAGGUUGCAAGUGGUCCUUGGUCUUUCCAAAAGUCAGGCGCAAAACCCCAAGAUGUGAGCACCACAUCCCAAUUUUGCAACUCAGGCUCAUCUCUGAAUGAGCAAGAAUAAGCCUUGACACAGCCAAAACAAAAUAUCCUAAUUCUAGCUUGAUUAUUGCUGAAAAUGUUGAAGUUGAAAAGGCUGCGGUUCUGUUCACCUUUUAUGAUGCAGAAAGUCAACUAGAUUUUAAGGAACGAGUUACAAAAGAGAUUUAAUUUUCUUUGAUCAUAAACUUUAUGGACUUUAAAGCCAGUGGAGAGCGAAUGCCCAUUUUGGAAUGAAUUCCUGUCCCACUGUAUGUAGGAUGUAUAAAAUUUUCCAGAUGAGAAUGUGUUUGUAUAAACAGCCACUGGACUCAGAACAAACUUAUGAACAGAAUUAUGGCUCCAAAAUAUGAUUGGAUCUCUCAAAUGGUAUAAAUUGGCAUAACUCUCUUGAUUUCAAAUCAGGCUCCCAAUUGUAAAUUAUUUUUUCCAGUAGCACCCACAAUGUGCUAGGUACUGUACAAACACAAAUGAAGAAUGAAGCGCUUACAUUCUAAAAAUGUGUGUAUACCUGUGAAAUGGACCAUAAUUCUCAAGCAGUAAAACUUACAUUAUUAUGAACUCAAAGGCAAUUACAAUGCAAAUUUUUAUUGUUUCUUUAAAUGUUUGAUAGAUAUUCAUUUUCUUAGUUUGGAGGAAGUUCCGUUGAUGUAUUUUUUUUCCUUUUAAUGUAAAAAUAUAAAAAUUAUGUCUAUAUACCUAUAGAUUAAAAAAAUUCAAAAAAUGGCCAGUUGGCUGAAAUGCCAAAAUUUUUAGUGGCUUGUAUUGUGUCGUGGUGACACCAAAUUGCUGUAGAAAUAAAUUCAUUAAAAGAAAAGAUGGAUGAAGUACAGGCUUGAUGUACUGUGGCUAGAGAUAAUUUGCUACUUCAGAACCCUUGCAACUAACUCUGUGAAAGAGGGGGUUUAGGGCCUGCUUCUGCUCCAAUGAUACAUCAUUGGGAGUAUGAUCAGGGCCUAGGUUAUAUUCCUACUGGCAGUAAAAUAGAACAUCAGGAAAUUUAGCACCAAUAAGGAAACUAUUAUCUUGGCAACCUAAUUAAAAAACAAUAACUGUCCCACACUGUUACUUUGUUAAAUCAGGACAAUUUAGAAAUCCAGGGCCCAAACCUGCAGUCCUUACUCAGGGCCUACGCAAAAAUAGGCCUAUUUUGUUUCCCAGAUAAGACUGUUCAUGGAGUACGGUGCUAUUUGCUGUUGGGAAGGUUGGCAGAAUCUUUCCCUCUGUGAAAAUAUCCCACUGGGAUAAGUGGUAGUUUUGUCGGGUAAGGACUUCAGGAUCAGGCUACAAGUCCUGACCUGUUAAUCUCAAUGACUCCUAUAUGAACUGAACCUCCUGUGUUCUGGUGAAUUAAAGGCAAAGCAUAUUUAAAGAUUUAAUAUACAAAUCAAGCAGCUCCCCUCCUCCAUUCACAGUCUAAGCACUUAGCCAUGUUUUAAAGUUACUAGCACUUAGCUAAUCUAUUUUGCCAUCAAUUUAAAGGUCACCACAUGCAGUAUGGUCACUUGAUACUAUCUUUGAUGCAUUUUUAUGUUAAUUUUACUAUUAUUCUGUAUUUGGAAUGUAUUUUUUCCUCUAAUUUCUUGUAUGUGUACCAAUAAUUAAAAUAUUAAUUUACUUGA